AUGGGAGAUAUGAAAACACCAGAUUUUGAUGACCUCCUUGCAGCGUUUGAUAUUCCUGACAUGGUUGAUCCCAAAGCAGCUAUUGAGUCUGGUCACGACGAUCAUGAAAAUCACAUAAAACAGAAUUCACAGGGAGAUGAUGAUGCUCAUGCCCCAUCCUCCUCUGAUGUUGGUGUAAGUGUUAUUGUCAAGAAUAUACGAACUAUUGAUUCUUCCGAGACAUCUGAAAAAGACAAUCAUCAUUCCACAGGAAAUGGCUUGCACAAUGGGUUUCUCACUGUGUCAAAUUUAGAACGUUUUAACAAGGAAGAGUUGAAAUCUCUUAAAGAUAAUGCUGCAGUAUCUGAUAACAUACUCAAAGAAUCUGCUUUUAAUCAGUUCAGUCCUAUUUCUAGUGCAGAAGAAUUUGAAGAUGAUGAAAAAAUUGAAGUUGUAGAUCCACCUGAUAGACAAGUCUUACGUACAAAGUUCAGCACUAAUAUUUUGACCGGAGUAAUUCCUCACCUGGCAUAUGAAAGGGACAAAAUGCAUAUGGAACAUCUGAUCAAACCUGGUAUUCCAGUUUUAAGCAGUACUGAUAAAAGCAAAACAAAUAAGAGAGAGUUAGAAAAGUCAACCAAUUCAAUAUCCUAUGAUACAUACAAAAUUAGAAAACUAGAUGAGAAACUAAAGGAGAGUGCUCAGAGGCUUCUUGAAAAUAAAGUAAUUGAUGGAAAGUUAGAUAUAGAAAAAGGUGAAGCAAAUGGUGGCAAUGUAUCUUAUUUCAAAUUAAAGUCAUCUGCUAAACUUUCUUCAUGUAUUGCUGCAAUUGCUGCGCUAAGUGCUAAAAAGGCAGCUUCUGAUUCGAAGGAUUUACAAAAUAAUUCUUGUGGGUCAUCUCCAGUGCCAAAAGAAAUAGCUGAAAGCCCAUCAAUUGGGGACAAAUCUCCAAAAUCACAAUUGACUGUGCAAAAUCUUAUUGACAGUACAAAGAAAGCCCAACCAAAACAGCCGGAUAGUCCUAGAAGUGUAUCAAGUGAAACUAGUAGUAAAGGUUCCCCAUCAUCUGGUGGUUCUACUCCCGCUAUUCCAAAAGUAAGAAUAAAGACCAUCAAAACGUCAUCAGGAGAAAUUAAGAGGACGGUUACAAGAGUGUUACCCGACAUUGAAAAUGAAUGCACAAAAAAAACACCAGAACAAACAUCUUCAAUGGUUGAUUCCUCGCUUUUGUCAUCUCCACUUUCAACUGCUGCUCUUUCUUCACCAAACAGGGUCUCUCUACAGUCAACUGGUCCCCCUAAUGCAGUUGCAUCAACUGAUGUUACGCCUAAGCAAGUUACUAUAAAACCUGUUGCCACUGCUUUUUUACCAGUAUCAGCAGUAAAAACAGCUGGUUCACAAGUCAUAAAUUUAAAGUUUGCUAACAAUACUACAGUGAAAGCCACUGUAAUAUCUGCUGCUUCAGUGCAGAGUGCAAGCAAUGCCAUUAUAAAAGCUGCUAAUGCUAUUCAACAACAGACUGUGAUGGUUCCAGCAUCAAGUCUUGCCACUGCUAAGCUUGUGCCAAAGACUGUGCAUUUUGCCAAUUUUAAUCUCUUAUCUCAAGGUUCUCAAACCACAUCUGAGCUCCGACAAGUGUUAACUAAACCUCAACAGCAGAUCAAACAAACCCUUGUAGCUGCCGCUGCAACAGUACAACCAAAAAAGGUAUCUAGAGUUCAAGUGGUUGCAUCAUCCCAGAGCUCUGUAGUAGAAGCUUUCAAUAAGGUGCUGAGCAGUAUUAAUCCAGUUCCAGUAUAUGUUCCAAACCUCAGUCCUCCUGCAAAUACAGGAAUUACAUUACCGGCUCGUGGAUACAAGUGUUUAGAGUGUGGUGAUGCAUUUGCACUUGAAAAAAGUCUUCUGCAACAUUACGACCGCAGGAGUGUACGCAUUGAGGUCACAUGCAACCAUUGCACAAAAAAUUUAGUUUUCUACAAUAAAUGCAGUCUCCUCUCUCAUGCACGUGGUCAUAAAGAAAAAGGAGUUGUUAUGCAGUGCUCACACUUAAUCUUAAAGCCAGUCCCAAUGGACCAGAUGAUUACUUCCCCCCAGAACAAUGUUUCCACUGUUUCAUCUGCUCCUCGCCAAAGCUCUGUUGCAGUUGUUGCACACACUGUUACAAAGAUACAGCCGGGUGUAACUGGACCAGUGAUAUCUGCCCCAGUUAGUGCGCCCAUCACUCCUGCAAUGCCACUAGAUGAAGAUCCAUCAAAGCUGUGCAGACACAGUAUGAAGUGCUUGGAAUGCAAUGAAACUUUCCAAGAUGAAGCAUCUUUGGCUACACAUUAUCAACAAGCGACGGAUACCAGUGGACAAAAAAUAUGUAGUGUCUGUAUGAUGCUACUACCAAACCAAUGCAGCUUUGCUUGCCAUCAACGGAUACAUCAGCACAAAUCGCCGUACACUUGCCCAGAGUGUGGGGCAAUCUGCCGGUCUGUCCAUUUCCAAACGCAUGUCAUUAAGAAUUGCCUUCAUUACACGCGUAGAAUUGGAUUCCGGUGUAUACACUGCAAUGUUGUAUAUUCAGAGAUUGCUGCAUUAAAGUGUCAUAUCCAAGGAUCCCACUGUGAAGUCUUCUACAAGUGUCCUAUUUGUCCUAUGGCUUUCAAGUCGGCACCAAGCACCCAUUCCCAUGCCUACACGCAACAUCCAGGAGUGAAGAUUGGAGAACCCAAAAUUAUCUACAAAUGUUCUAUGUGUGACACUGUAUUCACUCUUCAGCCGUUGCUCUACCGUCACUUUGAUCAGCACCUGGAGCACCAGAAAGUGUCUGUGUUUAAGUGCCCGGACUGCUCGCUUUUGUAUGCCCAGAAACAGCUAAUGAUGGACCACAUUAAAUCCAUGCACGGAACAUUAAAAAGUGUUGAAGGCCCUCCAAAGAUCACUGCAAAUUUACCUUUGAGUACAAAACCCACAACUCAAAAUUCCGCCAGUCCCAACAAGGAAGAACCAAAGCCUGUUAAUGGAACGGAGAAGCUGGAGAAAAAAUCUGUCGUCCCUGAGAAAAAAAAUGCUCAAAUAGCCAAGAAAACAACUCUAGGUUGGACCUGCUGGGAUUGUGAUCAACACUUUGUCCAAAGAGAUGUUUAUAUCACUCACAUGAAAAAAGAACACGGGAAGCAAAUGAAGAAACACCCAUGUCGACAGUGUGACAAAUCUUUCAGCUCUUCUCACAGCCUGUGCCGGCACAACCGCAUCAAGCACAAGGGCAUCAGAAAGGUUUACACUUGCUCGCACUGUCCUGAUCCAAAACGAGCUUUUACUAAAAGGUUGAUGUUAGAAAAGCAUAUCCGACUUAUGCAUGGUAUUAAAAACCCUGAUGUCAAAGAGAUUGCAGAAGCAAAAGCAGUGGAAAUGGGCAAAGACAAAGAAGACACAAAGGUACUAACUGCCCCAAAGCGCAAGUUAGAAGAGGAACAAGUUUUUGAAUUCAGGCCUCCACGUGGAGCCAUUACUCAGCCACUGAAAAAGCUAAAAAUUAAUGUCUUCAAAGUCCAUAAAUGUGCUGUGUGUGGCUUUACUACAGAAAAUCUGCUUAAAUUUCAUGAACACAUACCUCAGCAUCGGUCAGAUGUCUCCUCAAACCAGUGCAGAGAAUGCGGCCUUUGCUAUACGUCCCAUGUCUCACUUUCCAGGCAUCUCUUUAUAGUUCAUAAACUGAAAGAAUCGCAGCCUGUACCGAAACACAAUGGAUCUGGAGUAGACAGUCAACAGGGAAGUAAACCUAAAGCAGAUAAUCUGACUUCAGACAACUUGACUUCAGAUAGGACUUGCAAAGUGUGCUCAAAGACAUUUGAAACUGAGGCUGCCUUAAACACACAUAUGAGAACUCAUGGUAUGGCAUUCAUUAAGUCCAAAAGACAGAGCUCUCUAGAGAAGUAACAAGACUUAUAUACAGAGGGACACCUGUUGGAGUGAGCCGCCGAAGAAGUUAUGUUGAUCUGCUUU